UACAUUGUAACAAUUACAAACACCAAACAUGUCCUAAGAAAAUGUGGUGGGCUGGCUUAAAGGUGAGCUGUUGGUGCUUUAUAUUCUGGUUUCGUGUAAACAAAAUAAAAUAAGCAAAAGAGAGGUAUUAUUGAAGCCACUACAAGGUCUUCCCUUUUGCUGUUGCACAUAGCCACAGAUACAAUAAUCAAAACAAGAUUUGUUUACCAGAACAAAAAUGUAAGUUGAUGGGUUCCAUUCCAUCCCCAACAACUAUUUGGUGCAGAAAGCUAUGUUUUUCUUAUUAGUUUCCUUUCACUUGAAGCGACAACUGUAGGAAGCAAUGGUCUCUCACCCAAUCAAAACCCUCAACCCCAUCAAAUAUAUUUCUCCAUUUCCACGGGGUGGAUGGAUUGAGCUCUCCCAUCAUUCAGCAGUUAGCAUAUCAUCCCCACACCCUUCACAAUUAGUAACAAAAUUGGGAUCAUACUUUGUGAAAGCUUGACGAUUGUUGUCAUAUUAAUUGCUACACAGACGGCCCAAUUCCUCUUACCCAGUUGCCUUCAUCUUUCUUCUUCUUCUUCUUCUUCUCCCCCUCCUACAUCUGAGUUCCAAGAACUCCAUUUAUGGGUUCUUCAGAACGACCCAAGAAGAAGGUGCAGCUGUGGAAGAAAGCUGCCGUCCACUUCGCUCUCUGCUUCGUCAUGGGCUUCUUCACUGGGUUUGCCCCCACGGGUAGUAAAGCCCCAACAACCGCUGCAACUCGUUCAGUAAUUUUAUCGAACACCUCAUCUGCAGCAACGCCCCACUCCUCCCAAAUCGCAUCCCUCCGUUCCACUGCGGGGGGCGGCAGCAGAAUCAACAAGAGCCGUAAGUUGAUCCCCCAAAAGCAAUCCGGGUCAAGCUCCGACAACGGACAACCACUGCCCACGCAUUUCGAAGAGGUGAAAACAGAGGAGUUCACGGGGGCGGCAGAGUUGGGUUCGAAAUCGAAACUCACUCCCAGGAGGCUAAUCAUCAUAAUCACGCCCACCAACGCUAGGGACCCGCACCAAGGGGUGAAUCUCCGGCGGCUGGCGAACACGCUGAGGCUGGUCCCACCGCCGGUGCUGUGGGUGGUGGUGGAGCACAUGGUGUCGCCGUCGGGGAAGGAGAACGAGGUGUCGGAGAUGCUGAGGUCGACGGGGAUGAUGUACAGGCAUUUGGAGUACAGGGAGAAUUUCACGGCGGCGGAGGCGGAGGUGGAGCUGGAGCACCAGAGGAAUUUGGCGUUGAAGCAUUUGGAGCGCCACCGGCUGAGCGGGAUCGUGCAUUUCGCCGGGAUUCACAAUGUCUAUGACCUUGACUUCUUCGACGAGCUCAGGGAAAUUGAGAUGUUUGGGACAUGGCCGAUGGCAUUACUGACGCCACACAAGAGUGAGGUGGUAAUCCAAGGGCCCGUCUGCGAUUCCUCCCAAGUCAUUGGGUGGCAUCUCAACAAAAUGAAGGACACCAACACUAAAAGGGAAGCAGUAGCAGUAGCAGUAGAAGAAGACGAAGUUUCGAAACCUCCGAAAAUCCAUGUUUCUGGGUUUGCAUUCAACAGCUCAAUCCUCUGGGACCCUGAAAGAUGGGGUCGUCCUUCUUCCUCGCAGCGUACCUCCCAGAAUUCGAUCAAGUUUGUGAAGGAAGCGGCUUUGGAUGUGGAAGGAGAGACCAAACUGAAGGGAAUUCCAGCACAGGAAUGCUCCAAGAUAAUGGUGUGGCGUCUUCGGCUCCCUGCUACUGCUACUACAAAAAAUGUUGUGCCAUCUUCUUCUUCAGAUAGCAAUAUCCUGUCCCAAUAAGCAAACCACUCAUUGUACCCAACCCUAGGGAGAUUUUAAUUUUUCAACGGUUUUACCUCUCUUUGAUGGGAGUACCUACGGCGUAAGGUUAUAAAUAACCAAUUCUUUCCUCUUCAUUAUUGAUAUGGAAUAUAGAGAAAUUGAGAAUCACAUGUAAAUUGGAAGUUGUAUAUGCUUUUCUUCUUAAUUUCAAGAAAACUUUAUGGAAUUGAAAUCAGAUAACAUUGAUCUCGUCCGAUUCUGUCUAGGUAUCUAUUCAGAUUAAUUUGGUUUGAUGUGGAUGAAUCGUCAUUGAAUCAAUAUAAAUCAUUCAUAUAAUAAACAGAAACAUCAUGAAAAUUAUAUUAGGGCCAUCUCUUCUUCAAAAUAACUAAUUUUCACGCCCAAUUUGUUUCCAAGCCUUGUAAGAAAAAACAGUCCAAGGCAAACGAAGGGCUUGGAGCCUUAAGGACUCUCAAUGAAAGUUGGAAUAAUUUAGAGAAUCAUGAAUCAGUAAUUUGGCUAGUAGUUAGGGAGAAUCAAUACCUUAGUGAGUUGCCAACUUGUUAGUCUAACCUUAGUUUAGUUUGUAGAGUAGCUUAGUUAUUUACUCUGAAUCUGAUUUGGUCAGAUAAUAAACUGAAAUUGAGUAAUAAUACAUAUAGAGACUCAUGACUUUAAUAUUUUAUUACUUGUGCCACCAUAAUGCAGUACCUUUCAUUGGUUACACUUGACUUGUGUUAGUAGCGUAGUUUGUAGCGCCCACGAACCCUGGAGUUUUUUUACUAUGUAACUCAUGGUUUUUGUAUAUAUUAUUUUGAUUUUAUCUACCUUUUAUGUUUGAUUUAGUUGUUUGGUUUGUUGUCGAAGUGAUUGCGGAUGUAAGAAGAGAACUAUCUUCAAAGGACAAAUCCCCAAACCUGACUUCAAGGGUGGAUGAGACUGGACACGAUAGUCCCUCACGAUCGAUCAUCAAUCGAUCUAACUGCACCCACUUCCUUAUAGGUGUCCAUAGGGUCCAUAUCAUUACCUAUUAGUUCGGGUAAAUGUCAGGCACGUGGUAUGAAUAAACAUAGCGGUGAUCAAACAAUCACAUGCUACCAAGAUCAACGUUGCGAGUUAUGAUCGUGAAGCUUGCAUAUGCAACGCCUCACCUCUUGUUUUCUUCACCUACCAGUAGCGUAGAUUUUGUUUCAUGCACUAUUUUUUCCUUUUAUUUCGUAAAACCAAUGGGCAUUUUAACUAUGGAGGCACUUCGAAAACCACAUUCUCGUUUUAAACCAUAUAGAACUCAUCUCUCACCACGUGAGUAAGUGGUUGUGAGAGACUCUAGGAAAUACAAUCAUGUACUCGGACCUAGUAAAUUUGCAUACAUGUAUUACCCACGAUCAGUGUCUCUGGGGUUGAUUUCCUCUUGAGUUCUUUGCUUUUGAAACAAUAUUGAAAAAAAUAAAAUAAAAGACUAGACGAGGAAAAGAAAAAAGACAUUGCAUAAGCAAGCUCCCCCUAGACUACAUAUACAUCGUCCAUUCAGUUAACUUUGUUAUUUUUAUUUGCAACGGUAACUAUUAAUAAAUAAUAUGAUAGUAUUUUUCUAAUUCUUUUAAUUCUUCUUCCACACCCACCAAUUAUCCGACCGUCCUUCAAUAACUCAUAGCUUCACCCCGAAUUUCGUUUUUGUUGCAUCGACGCCUCACCCCAAGCCCUAUCAUCGACGCCCACUCCUUGUCCGCUAGAAAACCCUCUACCUCUGGAUUCUCGCACUGUCUCUAAUGUCGCAACCUCGCCAGCUCCUCUCACAAUGAAAUCCCACCAAUUCCAUAUUCCCUUUAGAGAAGGUUCUCUAUGGUGCCUUCUUCAAUGCAACGACACAGUCAUUAUUGUCGUCGACGAACUAGGAGGCUAGAGUUGCGAGUAGUGAUAAGGGCUCAUUCCCUCCUUGUUGUGCUUCUUGAAUUUCUCCUUCUUGGACAAAAAUAGUUUCAUUUUUCUCUCUGGUUAGAUACGCUUCAAACAACGCAGGUGAUACCUACCAAAGUGGGGGAGUAUUUUCAACUAACACGGGAGGUCAAAAUGGCAUCAAUUUUCGGCACCCCGCAACAUCACCCACCAGAUUCUUCAAGCUCAGUGUCGAGGAGCUCCAGAAAAGCAAUGUUAUUGUGUGUGUGUGUGUGUGUGUUGUCUUCUUUUCUGUUGUUUCUUUUUUAUGUUGAGGAAUAAAUGCUUUUGUGCAAGGAAGGAGGAAAGUUGUGUAGAAAAUAUUUUAUCGUCGAGCGAGCAUAGGCAAAAUUGAAGUUCGAUCGAGGACAGUGACAGAGCGAUGCUGAUGUAUGAAUUCAAUUAAAAAUAUAGUAUAGAUAAGUCAUAAUUGAUGAGUGGGAGAGGAAAGUAAAAAUUAAUUUUAUUUUAAAAUUUUUUAAUUGUAAGGUGGAAUAAUUUUUUUUUAUUUUUUAUGGAUAGAUCACUCAUUUAACAGUCAACUAUAUUAGUUGACCACAAUGUAAAAUAAAGUUAUUGCGAAUCAUCAUAUAUAUAUAUAUAAUGAGAAUUUAAAGUUAGUACUUUUAAUGCAAUUGAAAAUUUCCCUUGACAAAUAUGAAACAAAAUUCUAAACAUAGUGACCGAAUGUGCCCUUCAAAAUCAAUGUAUCAUAUCUUAUCAUAGACAAAUGCAUAACUGGUUAUCCACCUUACCUUUACUCUUUGGGACAAGUUGGAAAAGAUGGUGGCCCACGUACAUGGAAUUUGGAACCUAAUCCAAUAAUGGGAUGAGUUGUUAAUGAAUUGGGUCAUGGAGGCUACUCAAUCACACUUUAAUUAUAUCUUAACACACAAUAAUAAUAAUAAUCUAAAUUUAAUGUGAUUGACAAUAAUAUAUAUCUACAAAAAAUUCCCAGCGCGUUCCAGUUGCUAGUUAUAAGGUCUUAACUCUCAAUACAUUAUUGAGUUGGAUUAUUUUGAAUUACGCCCAUGUCUUCCAAUGCAAUCAAAGAAGUUUAAACUCUUUAUAACUUCGAAGUUAAUUAAUAAUGGAGUUAAAUUGUUGUGUAAGCCAGCUAAACGCUGAUAAUGAAUUAUCUUCUUUUUUAUGUAGAUAGGAAUUUUUAUCUUAAUACUGUGGUUAAUCAAGUUAAUACGUUUUUUAAGCAUAGCUAGUGUGGUUAAAUGAUAGAGUGGGCAUGUGGAUUUGGUAUGACAAUUGGAUGCAAGUUAGGUCAGAUGAUAGAAAGGACAGUUGAUGAUUUGGGGCCACUUCCAACGGCUAUUUUAACACCACAAAAUAAAUACAAUCUUCUAUUGUCGCAUUGCACCGCCAAAACAAAGCAGUGAAUUUAGUUUAAUGAAUGCUAUUAUCUAUUCAACGAGGGUAAAAAAAAUGCUAUUAUCUAUUUACUACCACAAAAAAAAAAAAAAAAAUACUUGGGAUGGGGCCUCAACGCCGAACCCUUAAUUGAUUUGUUUCGGUUAAUGGGGUGUCGGUCAGGAUUAGUGGUAUAUUCUGUGGAGGCUUUACAGACUUUUGAGCUGAAUUGAGUCCAGAUUUACAAGAGUUUGCUACUCUGCUUCGAUUUUCAGCAUGGUUAGUUCAUGAUUUUGAUCCUUUUAAGGGGAAGAAAUCAUGAUAUUUCUCAUGCCGUUCAGGUAUUAUAGAACAGCUCACAUCGUGGCAGGAAAGCCCUUUUUUGUCUGCAAAGGUCUUUUCAUUUUUCAUUUGUGAUUUAACCUGCAAAGGUCAUGUAUAUUGUUAUAUACUUCGUAUCUGCUGUUUCCCUUUGGGGAUAUCUAUGGCAAUAUAUAUAUAUAUAUAUAUGGCUGUCAUAAAAAUAAUAAUAUCAAUAUGGCUACAACUUUAUACAAAUGAAUAAAUUUGGCCACAACUAUUUCAAUUUGAAAAAUAAAUAACAUGUUUACCUUUAUUUUUUAGUUGAUGGUGAAUGGCAACGAUCAACUCAUGUAAUUGUUAGUGAGUCGACAUACAUUGCUAAUGUGGCUGCCAAUUGUCAUUCACAUCAGCCAAUUUUUUUUAUCCAAAUUGUAAUCUUUAAUUUCAAAUUAAGUUUUCCGUCUUCUCGCAUUUUGCCUUCUCUUCGAGACUUCUUUCUUCUUCUUCUACGACUUGCAACAUCAUAAAGAGCUUGCACUUGAAUAGCUCCACGUCCAUGCUUAAGAAAUAGCAUCCCAGAUA